AUGCCAAAAAGCUAUUCAAAUUCUGAAUUUCAGGAAGGGAUUUUAGCGAAGCUGAAGAAUGAACAGAGCAGAGUAUUCAGGAAUAAGAGUGAGAAACACAACUACAUUGCAAUUGUACUCAAUGGACUCAAGCGUGAGUUAACGUCUGAGAAGAAUAAUGAGAGCAUAAUGGAUUUUAUUAUUCAGAUUAUUGAAGCAUCAAGAGAAAUGGAUCCAAUUCUGCUUGACAAAUACAUAUUGAAUAUUCUAAACAUCAAAUACAGUAAUAAUUUGGUGAAAUACAUCACUAGGUUUGAUAAGAAUGUAGAGACAGCAUUGCAGGUAUUGAAAUACAAACAAAAGAUAAUCAAAGAGGAGGAUUUAUUAGAAUUUACGCACAUGAACAAAGAGAUACUGAAGAAGAAUACUAAAGGAGUGUUGAGAAAGAAUGAGGAUGGAUACAUUGCGGUGGACGUACUAAAUGAGUUAAAGAGACUCUAUAAUAGGUUGAAAGAACAGAAAGAUAAGGAACGAGUGAUAAGCACAGAAUUCAAAAACUAUUUUCAGAAAGUGGAGUUAAAGAGAAACCUGACAGCAGCAGAGAUAACAACAAGUGUUCUGGAAGCAAAAGAAUUGGUAUGGAAUAAGUUUGAAGUGUAUGAAGAGAAUACAAUGGUGAGUUUGAUUUUAUUGGAACUCAAUGAAAAUAAGCUGGUUUCAAAGGAUUACAGUACAAGGGUAUUUGCAAAUAAGUUGCUGAAUUUAUUCUACAAUGCAUUGGCAUUCAUAGAGAAAUGUGAAACAUACAACGCAAUAGCAUGUUUGAUGGAAAUCAAGAAGUCAGGUUGUUUGGAUGCAUUUGUACACGAAUUAGUAGGUUACGUCUACUUCAUGAAUUUGAAAUACAAGGAAGCACAACACUACAUCAUAGAAUUCAAGUCAGGUGGCCUCUAUUUCAGGGAAAUUGCACUAUUUUUGGAUAGAAUUGCAGCUAAACCAGCACCAUGUUCCCAAAUAACAAUACGCAUAAAUAUGAGUCAAAUUAAGCUUAAUAAGCAUAAAAUGAAAUUACAUAAGCAUUUAUGCUAUACCAGAAACACACCAAAUGACAUUUUGCAGAAGUACACGACAGUAGACGAGACGUACGUCUCCAAAAGCAUCUCAGGUCGUUACAACCUGCUCUACUUCUAUCUGUACCAGAAUGACCUCUUUGUGCUGAAUUGCUACGAUAUGUCCACGAUUCUUCUCUAUCCAGCAUUUGACAAUUUCUUAGGCGAAUUCAACGAGAUCUUUGCCCAAAACAGACACAUUCUCAAAACAGUCAAAGACAAAGAAAUCUGGUGGAAAAAGAGGAAUGAAAUCAACACCGCCUUGCAGAAAUUGCUUACCAAAAUCAAACACCCUUCACUCUCCCUCAAAUCCAAUACAACCAAAUGCUACUUCAUGCUUGAAGGUGUCCUCUCCAGAAUACCAUUUGAGUCCAUCUUCUACCGUUCCACCACAAUCAGGGAAAUCUACAGAAUUCUUGAUAUCAGAGACCUGGCUUCUGUCCACUUUGACAAGUGUGAUCUUAGAUCAGAUUCCUUCUACCUGAUUGAUCCACAGAACAACCUGUCUCGUACCAGACAAGUCAUCCAGAACUAUUUGAGCAGCACCAAAAUAGAAGGCGGUGUUGUUGGCCGCGCCCUUGAUGAAAAUGAGAACGAUCACCUGAAUCGCAGCAAAACAUUCAUGUACUUUGGCCAUGGCACUGGUAGAAAAUACUACAAAAUCAGGACCAAAUCAGAACUGCAAUUUGUGCAUCUCUUUGGAUGCUCAUCAGUCAAAACACAGUCCUAUUACAAUGCACUGAUCAAUAGGAAUCAAUCAGAAAUUGGACACAAUUUAUUUCUAGAUGACAUCGAUCUGACCAAAUUGGUUGAAUUCACCAAUAACGGCCAUCUUCUCACAAUUUACAGGCACAAAUUGGUCGUAGGCUGCCUAUGGGACGUAACAGACGUGGACUUGGACUCCUUCGCCCUCAGAUUCCUAGGCAGCCUGGAACAGUCUCAUUCUGCCCCAUACGACCUGAAUCAACACCGCCAAUGCUGCAGAAUGCAAUUCAUCAACGGCUGUGCAAUUGUGGUCUACAAAAGUUGA